CCAUGGAAACAAUACGUGUAAUUUAUGUAUCUAGCAAAACUACUUUGCCAAUGAACCGUUGUAUACUACGCUAUACCAGAACAAUGCAGUCAAUUGAAGAACAUUCUGUAUUUCACUAUGCUUUGACUGGAGAUAUCGAAGGUCUACAAAAACAUUUGGAAAACGAGUGCAACUCUGGCAACGAAGAGCCACUAGAGGAUUUGUUCUGGGAAAAGGAUGAGAUGGGUAGAAAUGCACUUUUCACUGCAUGUAUGCUUGGAAGAAGCACCACCGUACGGGAACUUUUGAAGCAUGGAGCUCAAGUUAACGAGUGUACUGCAAGAGGUAGGUGUUCCAAGUUCCAACCAUAUAAUUCGAACUAGACUACUGCACGCACACACACACACGUUACACUUUAAAUGAUCACAUCUCUAGUAGUAAUACACAAUAUCAAGAGUCAUUUUGAUUUUCAAAUACAGGUUAUUCCCCACUGCAUUGUGCAGCCCUCUGGGGCCAGCUUGAGACAGUGAAAACUUUGGUGGAACUUGGUGCCGAUAUGCAGGCGAAGAACUUCCGCAGGGAGAGGGCCAUGGAAGUUGCCUCCCGUUAUUCUAAAAUGGAUUGUGCAGAAUAUCUUACCUGGGCAGGUGAGAUAGACUGAAAGUAUGAGAGUCAGGCACUUGUAUAGGCUUCUGGAUGAGGCCAGUGUGUGUGUGUGAGAGAGAGAGAGAGAGAGAGAGAGAGAGAGAGAGAGAGAGAAAGAGAGAGAGAGAGAUGAGAUAAACUUCCUUUCAUAGCAUGUGCUGCAUGUAAAAACAUAAUUAUUCACUCACUCCAGAGGCUAAGCAGGACUUGCAGUCCUACGUAACACAUGUGAGAGACACCAUUGCUGACCCAGAGAAGGUUCAAGGGAAACUCAACAAGGAGGAUAAGGUAACACACUUACAUCAACUUUAUAAACUAUUAUACUCCCAGUAGAUAUCUCUAUCUUGUCCUUUUUACAACUAUAAAAAAUAAGUUAUUUUUUCUCGCUACUUAGAAUAUAUGUACAAACACCUGCUCAGUAAAGUCGGAUUGGAUCCAGAAUGCCAAGAACCCAUCUAUCCAAGACUUCAUUGAGCAGAGGAGGCAUCUUGAGGACAUUAUUAAUCCCAUUCUGUCCAAGCUCACGACUCAACGUGAGUAUGACUAUCAAAUGAUUUUGUGCAGGAUCGUAAUUCAAGUCUACCUCUUUUGUUUCUUUUCCUUAUCUACACAGCACACUAUUCAUCCUGGAUGUAUAAUAUCCUAAACCUAUGCUACCCACUUUGACAUUGUGUGUAUGUAUACUGACUGAAUAUCUAUGACUUGAGAGUGAUGCCUUUUUAUUUAUAUUUGCAGCUGAAGCCACAGCUAAAGCAAGCAAAAACUGAAGAUAGACAAUGUGUCACAAUUAAAUAUGCUCACAAAGGCUCCAGAGAAGGUCUAAAACGGUUAAACUAACCAAAGUGGAAUUUGUCAACCAUUGCAUGUACUAUCGAAAUAUUUUUAAUAAUAAAAUAUCAG